AUGACGCAAACACCGGUACUGGUACCUUCACGGACGGAGCACCAGAACCUGUACGACACUUGUGCUAUUAAGACUGGCGAGUUCAGCUCCAGGCGGGAGCUCCAGGAGGUCGCCCGCGCCGGGCAGUCGGGCUCCGGGCUGCAGAUACGGUCCGCCUACGCCGACGUCGACGUGCAGGGCGGCAAGAACGUCGACGUCCGCACGCCCUUCGGAACCGUCUUCGUGGACGGGAACGUGGUGGUGGACACCCCGCUGGUGGGCGUCCAGAAGAACGUCGGCACCAAGGUGCUGCUAAAAGAGGGCGGCGAAGUCGUCGAUGCCCAGGUGGAGAACGGGCUCGUCAGCGUGCAGGUCGACGAGGAUUCGGUCGAGGAUGGCCCCGCCCCGCCGGAGGGCGACGGAAACAACGGAGGAGACGAGGAAGAAGGGUUCAGUGUGUCGAUUCCUGGGCUUGUGGACGUGAACGUUGGGGAUGAGGGCAACGUGAGCGUGCAGGUGGGGUCGGAAGUCGACCCUCUGGUCGACGUCCAGGUGGACGAGGACGGGGUGUCUGUCGAGGCCCCCGGCGGCGUCCUCUUCAACAAGACGGAAGAGGGCAUCAGGGUCCGGGUCGGCGACGACGGGGAGAUCCUGGACUUGGAGAUCGACGGUGGCAAAAACGUGUCCGUGGAGGCGCCGUUCGUGACGGUUCAGGUCGACGACAGCAGCGUGGUGGUGGGGGGCAUCGCGGACGUCGAAGUCGAAGACGGAACCGUCAGCGUGUUCGUCGCGGGGGAUGAGAGCGACAGCGUGGUGGGCGUCAGCGUGGGCGGGGGCGGCGUGGGCGUGACGACGCCUGUGGUUACCGUCCGGGCUGUGGACGGCGAAGUGGAUGUGGACGUGCCGGACGAGAGCGGCUACGAGGUGAUGACCACGGAGGGGGGGACGGUGGUGAAGACGGGCGACGGGGCGCAGCUCGUGAGCGUCAUGGCGGCAUCUGGGAAUGUCAGCGUCGAGGUCGGGGACGGCGGAAGCCUGGUGGACGUCGAGAUACUGAGCGCCGGGGCGUCCACCGUGCAGGUGGCGGCGGCUUGA